AUUUAAAGCAAAACGGAUACCAUACAAUUUGACAGGAGAGUCACUGAAACUAUUGGGUAUAUCGUGAAUAGUGAGAUGUCCAAUGUAUCCUAACCGGGUUAGGAUAAAGCUGAUAGACCUCAAUGGCUGAGCGGCUCAGCCCUCGCAGCUCCGAGGUCAAUGCCUUGGAACAACGGGGAUAUCUCAUAGGCAAAAAAAUCGGACAAGGAUCUUACGCCACUGUACACCUGGCGGAGUAUUGCGAUGCGUCCAGCCCUAAGCGCAUGCACCUCGCAUGCAAAAUAUUCGAUAAGGAAAAGGCGCCCCGUGAUUUUUUAGAAAAAUUUUUUCCUCGAGAACUAGACAUUCUCACUAAGAUUGAGAACCCACACAUUAUACAAGUGCACAGCAUCUUGCAGAGGGGGCCGAGAGUGUUCAUAUUCAUGAGAUAUGCUGACAACGGUGAUUUGCUAGACUUUAUAAAAAGAAACGGAGUGGUACCAGAGAACCAAGCCAAACUUUGGUUCAGGCAGAUGGCUAGCGGACUGCACUACCUACACAGUAAGAAUAUUGCCCACCGUGACCUUAAAUGCGAAAAUAUAUUGCUUUCUAGACGUUUUAACGUUAAAUUAGCCGACUUUGGUUUUGCAAGACUCUGCACUGAUGGUGAAAACAGACGUGUGCUCAGCCAAACCUACUGUGGCUCCGCGGCGUACGCGGCCCCGGAAGUGGUGAGUGGUACACCGUAUAAUCCAAAGUUGGCCGACGUAUGGUCCCUCGGGAUUAUUCUCUUUAUUAUGUUAAAUGCAUCUAUGCCAUUCGAUGAUUCAAACUUGCGUAAAUUGCUAAAGGAUCAAAUGUCUCGUAACUGGGUGUUCCGCUUAAGGAUUCGGGACACCGUGUCCGCGGCCGCUAAAUCUAUAGUGCGGCACAUUUUGGAGCCCGACAUCACGUUGAGGCUGACGUUGGAUCGUGUACUGGCACACGAGUGGACAAGACCUAGAAAAGACAAGAGUGCGAGUCUGAUGGGCCGGUUAGUGCAGUCCGCGCCGUCGGCGCCGUACCCCGGAGGUAAGCGUGAGCACGAGGAGGCCGGGCCGUCUGCCGGAGUGCGAGUGUCUGGUGACCAUCGCGAAACCGAUCGAGAGCGACACGAUGAUAUCAACAUGCGUUCCCGUGAUUAAAACUCUUUCCCGACCAGCAUUUAUCAGUGAACAUUAAGCAUAUUUUG